GUGAAAUAAAAUUUCUGCGCUACGGAUCAAUUUUUCCUGUGAGUUGGUAAUUGAAUAAUUUAUAAAUUUUCAAUACAGAAUAUACUUAAAAAUUUCUUUAACAACUGAAAGAAAAAGAAAACGUCAAUUCGAAGUGAAGAGUCUGAAAGCGAUAGAAAAUUGAACAAAUUUUUCAUUUCAUAUUUUUUAUUCUCCUGUAACAAACGCAUCUUAUUUCUUGUGCGGACUCAUCAUUUGGAUUUACAAGAAAGCUUAUUUCUAUACGAAUUUUAAUUAAUUUUUGCUCAUCAGUCGACCAAUAUCAGUAAGCACGUUUUAUUGUGUUCAGCUGUGCACAACAAACAAAGGAAUUCCCGAACGCAGAAAAUUUACACUAAACGAGAACAAUAGAAAUGGUUAAAGAGACAGGUUAUUAUGAUUUAUUGGGUUGCAAGCCUAAUGCCUCAGCUGAAGAAUUAAAAAAGGCCUAUAGAAAAUUGGCUUUAAAGUACCAUCCUGACAAAAAUCCUAAUGAGGGAGAGAAGUUCAAAGCCAUCUCUCAGGCCUAUGAGGUAUUAUCUGAUCCAGAAAAACGAUCUAUUUAUGAUGAAGGCGGUGAAGCUGCUAUAAAGAAAGGCGGUGCCGACACAGGCGAUUUUCGUAAUCCCAUGGAUUUCUUUGAAAAAUUUUUCGGGGGUGGCUUCUCUUCGGGAAGACGGCGUGAGCGACGAGGAAAAGAUGUUGUUCAUCAGAUGUCAGUUACUCUCGAAGAGUUGUACAACGGUGCAACUCGUAAAUUAGCUCUGCAAAAGAAUGUUAUUUGCGAUAAAUGUGAGGGUCGCGGUGGCAAAAAGGGGGCUACUGAAAAGUGUGCGCAGUGUCAUGGUGCCGGUUUAGAGACGCGUAUUCAACAAAUUGGACCUGGCUUGGUACAUCAUGUUGAAAAGGUGUGCUCUAGAUGCUCGGGAACCGGCGAAACGAUCAACGAGAAAGAUCGCUGCAAGCAAUGCAGCGGACGAAAGACAGUUCGUGAGCGUAAAGUGUUGGAAGUACAUAUUGAAAAGGGAAUGCGCGAUGGCCAAAAGAUUGUAUUCAGCGGUGAAGGAGAUCACGAACCUGAUUCACAGCCUGGCGACAUUGUUAUAUUACUGGAUGAGAAAGAACAUCACACAUUUGUGCACGCCGGCACUGACCUCAUGAUGAAAAUGCCAAUUCAAUUAGUAGAGGCUUUAUGUGGUUUUCAGCGAGUAAUUAAAACAUUAGAUGAGCGUGAUUUGGUGAUAACUUCACCGAAGGGGGAAGUGAUGAAACACGAAAUGACUAAAUGCGUAAUGGAUGAGGGUAUGCCUUUAUACAAGAAUCCGUUAGAAAAGGGUCGUCUUAUCAUUCAAUUUGAAGUCAUUUUUCCUGAAUCGACUCCAUUGUCUGUCAUAUCUGCUCUUGAGCAAUGUUUGCCACCCAGGCCCGAGGUUACCAUUCCAAUUGACGUUGAACAAGUCACCUUGUCGGACUUUGAUCCUAAACAACGUCGAGAACAGCAACAUCAUCGCAUGGUUUAUGAGGAAGACGACCGCUACGAACAAGCACCUAGAGUGCAACAAUGUACCUCCAGUUAAAUGAAUUUCCCUCGUUCCUUCCUAACAGCCCGCGGUGAACUGCACCCUACACUAUUCUCUCUUAUUCAUUUUCCUAGAAAUUAUAACGCAACUUAGCUUGAUACAUAUUUCGAUAACAUAACGAAGAGCAGCGAUUCCAAAUGCUAAAACUUUGUUCUUUCGAUAACUACUUUUCAGGAAAUCAAAAUUUUUGUGUUUUUGUUCAUAAUAUGCACAUCAAAUAAACAAUCAGUGAGGUUUUUCUUUUCCAUAAAAAAAAA